UGAUGUAAAGCACGGGGGUUGCCAAACCAUGUAGCCAGUGGGUUCAGCUCGAGUACGUGCUCGAGGGAAAAGACGCCGUACGCGCGGCGGGUGGAGUUCGGGCUCCAGGAAAAACACUACCAUGUCAUCUCUGUGCUCGGGUUCUUCUCCACCUCCUUCUUCUUCGUUGGUUCGUGCCACGGCAAGUGAGGGCGAGCUAGAGAGACGGAGCUACGGCAACAACACAGGCUACUACCCGUCGGCGGCUGCGGAGAAACGGCAAGCCGGCGGCGGGAAAAAGUCGCACCGGGGGAGCACCAAAUCCAGGGGCGAGAAGGGAUUCAUCGAGGGAUGCCUGGCAGCGCUGUGCUGCUGCUGGAUCUGCGAGAUGUGCUGCGACUAACCCGGCGUGGUCGCUGCUGGCAAAAGACGUUGCUGCUAGUGCCUAUGAAGAACAUACACAUACAGAGAGUCGAUGCUUAAUUACAGUGUCUGUCUGUUUGUUUGUUGUUUUAGGUUCUGCGUAAAUAACCGAGAACCCGUGCUGCGUGUGUGAUGCCCAUGUACCAUGCGUCACACCUAUAAUCAAUUUUAAGGCACCAAAUUAUCGGGCUACUCUUGAAGAUCCUCUAGUUAAAGAUAACGUCUGCUGUGCAAAAAUGAAAGCUUUCAUUUGUAGAGGGAGAAGUCGUGCAGGCGUAAUCAGUCAGUCACUUGUCCAGAGUUUUUUUUUUUUUUGAGAAAUAUAGUGCUAUCGAGUCAGGUCCGUCUCUAAUUGCUCGGUAAUCGGGUUCUGCGCAUCGUAAAGAUGCAGAUCGAGUGGGGUUAUCCUCCUCCCAAAAGGGGUUAUCUCUGAUUGCUCGUUUGGCAGCAAGAGAGAGCAUGUGUAGACAGCCCGAACUAAAUUUGUAAUUCUUCCCGGAAUUUUGCCAUAAAUAAAUGGGAACGGCUUUGUCCCGCUUCAUGCGAGACCAAAGGUGGUCUCACCGUAAGGGCACCCUCUCCUGUC